AUGAAUUACGACCGAAUUCGGCCAGUGCGUUACCUGACGGGAAUUCUGGAAUGGUGGCGUCUGUGGCCCAAGAAGGGAUCGAUUCCUCGGCCGAAUUGGACCAACUGGCGGGGAUAUCUUCUGCACAUUCCCUUCACCAUGCUUUUUAUGGUGCUUUUGUGGGUGGAGGCCAUGAUGAGCAGGGAUAUACAUCAUACAGCCGAUGUCCUGCUGAUCGGCCUGACCACCACAGCUUUGGGGGCCAAAAUGCUGAACAACUGGAAAUAUGCCCAUGUGGCCCAGGGGAUUUUGAACGAAUGGAGCACCUCGGAUCUGUUUGAGUUGAAGAGCAAACAGGAAGUGGACAUGUGGAAGUUCGAGCACCGCAGAUACAGCCGCGUCUUCAUUUUCUACGUGAUGUGCAGUGCCGGUGUGAUACCCUUCAUUGUGAUCCAACCGCUGUUCGAUAUUCCCAAUCGGUUGCCCUUUUGGAUGUGGAUACCCUUCGAUUGGCAUCAGCCGAAUCUGUUUUGGUAUCCCUUCAUUUAUGAGGCCAUCACCAUUCCCAUUGUCUGCAUUUGCAACAUAACCAUGGAUGGUGUUAAUUGGUAUAUGAUGCUGCACCUAUCGCUCUGCUUGCGAAUGUUGGGUCAGCGAUUGAGUAGCCUUCGGCAUGACGAUAGGAAGCUAAGGGAGAAGUUCCUGGAACUGGUGCAUGUGCAUCGCAGGCUAAAAAGACAGGCUCUGGACAUUGAGGACUUUAUUUCGAAGAGCACUUUCACCCAAAUUCUGGUCAGUUCCUUGAUUAUUUGCUUCACCAUAUACAGUAUGCAGAUGAGUCCCGUCAUGCAGGAUCUACCAGGAUUUGCUGCCAUGAUCCAGUACUUACUGGCCAUGAUCAUGCAAAUUAUGCUGCCCAGCAUUUAUGGUAAUGCUGUCAUCGAUUCUGCAAAUAUGUUGACCGAUUGUAUGUAUAAUUCCGAUUGGCCGGAUAUGAAUCCUCGGAUCCGCCGACUCAUCCUUAUGUUUAUGGUCUACCUAAAUCGACCCAUGACCUUAAAAGCCGGUGGCUUUUUUCAUGUUGGCUUGCCUCUGUUUACCAAGACCAUGAACCAAGCCUACAGCCUGCUGGCCUUGCUGCUCAACAUGAACCAAUAG